GAUGACUGGAUCUAAUCAGUAAAAUUGAUGAUCCACGAGGAAAGUUCAUCCUUCAUUUACCUGACUGAUACCUGACCUACCUGUACCUAAAACGUGCAACCCUGGGAAUGUAGAAAAAAUAACUGCUGUCUUAAAAAAUUUUAAAGUUUAAACGAAUCUGAUAGCGAUGCAAAUCGCAGUCCACUUUAAAUUUUAAAUUUAUCGGAGUAUUUUAUUUAUUUUUUGUAUCGAAAAUAAUUUAGAAUUCAAAUUCAACCCUAGUAUAAUUAUUCAAAGUUUAUUUAUAAAAAAAAAAAAACAAUUUCAGCAGUUGGUGCCGGUGUAGUUAAAAAAGUGAACAAGCCAAUGAAAGAUAAGAAUUAUUGUUAAAAAGUGGGGGAAAUUUUUGUAUCCUGUGGUCAGUAGAAACGAAUCUGGAAUUCGAAUAUCAUCAUUUGAAACUUAGACACCUCUAGUUUAAAACGUUUUAUUUUUUUUUCUAAAUAUUAAAGUUUAAAAAAAUUUUUAUUACGCUUCUACGCAAUCAUUUAAUUAAUUUUUUAUUAUCUCAAUUACAUUUUCUUAAAUUGUGAUAAAAUGCCAUUGGUAAAUGUAAUUAAGAAUUUUUUUCAACAAAGAUAUUUUGAAGUUAUAUUAUUUAUCAUCGUUUUUUUAUGCCUAUACAUGUUUAAGUGUAGUAAUAUAUAUGUGUUAUCUACACUAUUUGUUUUUAUCAAUACAAUUUGGUUAUUGAACUCAAAAAAUGAACGCAGAUCUUUCGGUCCAGAAGAUAUGAUCGUCCUUACAGGAUGUGACUCUGGUCUGGGUUACAGCUUUGCUCUUAAUUGUAAAAAAAAUUCAGCCGCGUAUGUUGUCGCUGGAGUUCAUAGUAUUGAUAGUCCAGGCGCCAAAGAACUCGUCAAGGCCGGCAUCCACGUGUACUCUCUUGAAUUAACCAGCAGUGAAAGCGUCCUAUCGUUUGCUAAUCACAUUCGUAAUGACCUGAAAAAUAAAAAUCUCAUUCUCAGAUGUUUUGUUAAUAAUGCUGGAGUCAUGAUAUUUGGAGAAUUUGAAUGGCAAACAGAAGAGCAAGUGCGGUAUCAAGUUGAAGUUAAUCUAUUAGGGACAAUGAGGAUGACUAAAGAAAUAUUGCCGCUUUUAAGAGAAUACUCAAGUAGACUUAUAAAUGUGACAAGCCACUGUGCUAAUCAAUCAUUACCAGGUGUUGCUGUCUACAGCUCUACCAAGAGCGCUUUGGCUGCCUGGACAACAGCGUUGCGAAUUGAAUUAAAAAAAUAUGGAAUUUAUGUUAUUAAUUUUAUUCCUGGUUCAUUCGUGGUUCAAAGUAAUAUUUUAUGCCAACAACGCAAGUUCUUUGAGAUGAUGGAAGCAGCAAUGACACAGGAAGCUAAAUCGUUUUACUCGGAUUAUUUUACCAGAUACGUCGAUUAUAUAUGCAGUCUGCCACGCAGUGCAAACGAUGAUCCUCAAGUGUUGGAAAAUGAUAAUUUGUAUGAGUUGUUUCAGGGCGCUUUGUUAGAUCAGUAUCCUCGGGCAGUUUACAAAUGCGAGCCCUGGAGGUACACGAUUUAUCAUUUCCUAUUCAAGAUAACACCAACGAACUUACGAGAUUGGUUGGUUGAAAGAUUUAUCCAAAUGCCUACUUGGAAAAAUAAGCAAUGCAAUUAACGAGAAAGGGGCUAAAUAAUUUUCAUAAUAGAGUUUUUUAAAAGUUUGAAAAGUAAUUUUUAUGUACUUUGAUAAUUAAAUUAAAUGAUUGGAAAGUUUUAUUAAAAGACUAAAGUGUUAUUUUAUAAUUUGAAUUUGAAUAUUUGCAACAUUGCAUUGCGAUGCCGCGAGCUUAAAAAUUUGUAAGUUUAUUGAAAGGGUAAAUCGAUGAUUAUGGGCGUAACGUAGAUGUCUCUACUAUAUAUCUUCUUUUAGAAAUUUAUAUUUUUGAAUCAAUAUUCUUUUUAUAUAUGUAUAUAUGAUAACAAUGAUAUCAUUAUCAUAUAAAUAUUAAUAAACAAAUUCCAUAAAUACCCGAGUAAAAAAAA